GUCGGGCCGGGUUUGGCGGCCUGGUUCAGGAUCCCCCAGUCUGGAUCAAGCCUGUCCCAACACGCACCUGGCUGUCCUUGUAUGGUCUGGUAAAACUGACGUAGUAAUGUAUGGUUAGACCGCGAGGCGCAGCGUGCCAUCCGCGAGCGUCAGCGUCUCCGGACGGAACAGUACGAGCGCGAGAUUGCCGCCCUCAAGUCCAUGCAGCCGUACCAGGAGCUGCAGAGAGUCAUUCGCCAGAAGGAGGCCGUCGAGGCAGAGCUCGCAGGCCUGAAGAGGCGCAUGGCUGCCAUCGUGGCCAUGAUCCAACCUGUUCUCGGCGGCACAUCCGAUGGGCCUGCUCCGCCUGAUUCAGCGGCGCCGUUUCAGUCUCAGGGUCGGAGCCAUUCCCUCACCCAACCACCCGCGGCAACAACCACUCACAACGCCGGGUCCACGCAAACGAGCGUGCCCUCGCCGGCGUCCGUGGAGACUCAGAGCCGGUGGCAACACAGCUUGUCCCCUAUCGCGCCCACCGUAGGCGUCGACGAGCAGCAGCAGCAGCAGCAGCAACCGCUGCCGCCGCAGCCGUUUCCAGAAACGGUUUUGUUCAACCAGCAACGAUAUGACCUUGCCCACGGCCUAGACCUGGGCUCUGACAAGCUCGGUCUGGAGUUCUUGGUCGAUCCCAAGCUCAAGAUCGCCAGAAUCAAGAGCGGCAUCGAGGGCGCCCAGGACUCGCCAAAAUAUCACCACCUACCCAUGAAGCACGACUGGACCGCGACCGUGUCUAUGAUACCGGGUCUGCAAGCGACAGCACCGACGCCGACCCAGGUUCACUCCCCCGUUUACAACCAGGCACCCGUCGCCGCUCCCAGCGGUCUCCCCGCGCCCCCGACGCCCGGCGCGGCGGCCGCCUCGGGACCGCCCACGGCCCGGCCCACUCCCAUCUACGCCCUCACUCCGCGCAACUGCCCGCCAACCUGCCCGCUCGACUCCAUACUCGUCGACUUCCUCUCGGAGCGGCGCCAGCGCGCCGCCGAAGGCCUCUCGCAAUCCGAGAUCCUGGGGCCCCGCUACCCCUCCGUCUCGUCGCUCCUCAACCCCGCCGUGUCGCUCUACUCACACCCGCUCUCCAAGGUCUUCACCGACAUACUCGCCCGCUUCCCGGACCUGUCGGCCCUCCCGGAGCGCGUGGCCGUCCUGUACGCCAUGUUCCUCCUCAUGCGCUGGCAGGUGUCCCCGACGCAGGAGAACUACCUCCGCCUGCCCCCCUGGUUCCGCCCCGUCCGCCAGCAGACCGAGAAGGAGCACCCGGCCUGGUUCGACCACAUCCCGUUCCCCCGCAUGCGGGAGCGCCUGGUCAGCGGCUACGAGGACGGCGCCUUCCCCUUUGACAACUUCUUCAUCCCCUUCACCUCGACCCUGAGCCUCAACUGGCCAUACGAGGACGCCUACGCGCUGCUGGCCAGCCCCACGGGCGACGAGCUCAUGAUCAAUCCCGUCUUUGAGCAGCACAUGAGGAAGCUGGAGAACUGAACGCUCGGCGACGUGUUCGAAAGGGCAUUCCCCGGGCUGGCGGGGUGUUAUAACCUGAAGAGGGGCUCUUGAAACCCCUUGAGCUCCUUUUCCUUCUUUCUUUUUUUUUUUUUGCCUCCCCUUCGAUUUCGGGUUAAUACUAGACAUGUUUGGUCGCCGGAUGGCCAUGGUUCCGUCUCGGUAUCUUCGCUCUCCGCCCUGCUUAAUGAGAUUUGGAUUCAAAAGGAACGCCUUUCGCGAACGAGGUCGAACAGCGUUUCGCAGAAAAGAUUGAUUGUCUGG